CCUGAACAACAGGAUCCGCCCAUUUCUCGUCAGAAACCUGUUGAGCUCUGUGAGAAGUCAACGACUGUUCCAAGGUUGCAUCUGAGCAGGUAGCGCAACAGCGACAUGCCCACGUCCCGAGGCUGUCAUUCAAUUUGUGCAGUGAAACCGAGUACAGGCGGCUCACAUGUGCGGAUCCAACAGCAAGCCUAGGAGCUUGUUUUCUUCUUCUUCUUGGAAAUACAGUUCCGCUGAGGCGUAGUGGUGCUCUAUGGACGAAACGGUCAAGGAGAAGCUGGGAAAAGAGGAAUAAAACGUCCCUGUCGGCUGCGAGCGGAAAAUAUGACUCCCUUUCUCCGUAUGGGAGCGCAUGUUGUGGCUGUGCUCAAUGUGUGGCUGCUCCUGUCAGCAGGCGCGCAGGAAAAGGACACACCUGAACUACUCUGCGGCGAGGGCCUCUCUGACUGCCGCAUGACCAAAGUGUCUUUCAGAGAUGCCCCACCUGAUCCAUAUGGCUCUCUAGAUAUUACACACUUUCAGCUCAACGCCACUCACUGCCACUUGGUCUGUGAACCAUGUCUACAAAUUAAAAUCAGUCUCCAAGUAGGUGCAGAUUUUGAAAAGCAGAGUCCUGAUGGAUCAGGUGACGACAGCGAUGAAGAAGCUAUUGUGAAAGUCUGUCUCUCUUUGCCGGGUUCCAUCGGUAUCUGCAGGGCAAUCCAUUUUAGACCAACCUACAUGAGCGCGUCCUCCAAAUACAAGUUGCUGCUGAUAGAGAAAGUGGAUUUUGAGGCUCCUGUUGUGGUCACGGCAGAUUCAAAGGAAACACAAGUCGUCAAAAAUAUCACAUUUCCUGCACCUAAAGAAGUCUGUCCCUCGAAUCUCUUGAAACGUUUUCAAGAGCUCCACGUUCCCAGGCUCCAUGUAGAUGACACAGAAAACCUGGUCCGGCUUCAACUGCAAAAUAUUCCUUCCACACAAGAGAAGGUCUAUUGGGAAAUGGAAUGGGAUGACGUAUCUGGACAGCCUAUUACGUGGCCCACUGGCGAGAGUGAAACAGUUAUUCCAUCACAUCUCAUUGCACCAUGCCUAUGCUUCCUGGCAUGGUUUGACAGUAAAAACAUGAAAGGGAAGUACUGUCCUUUCUCAAAUAAAACAGACGCUCUGAGAAGAAUGCAGCACAACGUGUCUGUGACGAUGGUGGAGUCUCCGUUAAGGAGUGGGGAUACGGGGCUGUACUGGAAUGUAACCUCCCUCUGUAAAGUGCAGGCAGAGGUGCAAUUGUGCAAGAAAGACAUGGCAGGGGGCCAGUGUGAAGAAGUGACUGGGUCCAAACAGCAACUCAAGACUACUGGUUGGACUGCGGCGCACAGAGUACACUGGCAAACAGGGGAGUUCUUGCUCCAGCCACACCCUGAGCUUUGUGUCCAGGUUAAAACUGAAUGGAUGGUCUCGUUCUCAGAGCCCCAGUGUCCAUUUGAAACACAUCGAGAGAGAUGGAUUCUUUCACUUCUCGUCGGAUUUAUCCUGAUAAGUUUGGCUGUACUUGGAGUCUAUUUGAUACAAGGCGUUCUGAAAGGAUAUGUUUGGAGAUGGUUGAAGGAUGAUGACGUCAAAGGUGCUGUGGGUGGCGGUCAUGUGAUGCUGCUAUAUCCGCCUGACGAUGACAAGCGUCUCCCAGAGCUCCUUUGUCACUUGGGUUCAUCUCUUCAGGCCCUGGGCUUCACCGUGUCUCUUGACCUCUGGAGCCAGGGUGAACUCAGCGUGCUCGGCCCCGUGCCCUGGCUCCACUCGCGACUGGACCGUCUGAAGCGGCAGGGCGGUAAGGUGGUGCUGGUCCUAACCCAGACCACGUGGACCAGAGCUGAGGAAUGGGGAGCCCGCAGCUGCGAGAACAACGAGGAGAACGUCAGAGGAGCGGCGGGGGACUCUGCCUCGUCCCGCCACGUGGAUGUUUUUGGUGCCUCGCUGAGCUGUAUUCUUGCAGACUAUUUACAGGGCCGCGCAGGCGAGCGGUUCAUGCUGGUGCAGUUUGAGUCACUCCCUCCUGCACCUCCAGGUGGUUACCGACCACUUCCAAGGCUUUUUUGUGGACUCCAUCUCUACAGUCUUCCGUCCCAAAGCCUGGGCUUUCUGACUGAGCUGGCGGGUUCCAAACAAAUCGCCUCUGCGUCAGCCAGGCGGAAAAGGGCAGGGGGGCUUCGAAUGGCAUCCAGAGCGUUUGCCAAAAGGCUGUCGGGGUUCACAGCAGGGACAAAUGUGUUGCACCUAGCUGGUGUAUCUCCAGGCUGUGUUGGACGGGAAGAGGAAGACUCUGGGGAAACACUACUCUUAGAACCAAAUUUAAUCUCACCACCCUCCAGCCCUGAUACAGUGGUCGGUAAAGUGGAUUGGGUCUGACAACUAGAGAGGAUCGUAAAGGACAAGUUACGGGAGGCUCCAGUGAACAAAUACCUCAAUUAAUGCACAAAACAUUUUCUGUUUGCUUUACCUUUCUGUGCCGUGGGAUGCUGAUGUUUGAUGAUCUCCAGUUGUCUCCAGAAGUUGUUGAACAGAAGGCAGUUAAGGGUUAGGAUACAACUCCAUGACAUUAGAACAUCUUUCAAUAGAAAUAAUAUUGGUAAAUAUUGAACUGAUGAUAUCAGUUACGAUAUGCCUAAUAUUUUCCUUUUUGUCUCUAUUGUUUGUGCUUCUUACACUCUGUGACCUUUAGCAUUUUGGGUCAAUUUUAUUGGUGUCCAGUGUGGGGAUUUGCUCACUGUGUCCAACUAGAUUAAUAUUGGGAGAAAAUGCAAUUUCAUAAGUCUUGGAAUAUAUUAGUCGCAAAUGCACUCCAAACAGUCCUUUGAAAUCUGAUUAUUGCGCACACUGAUAUUGCGAUAAUUUGCAAUAUAUUGUACGGACCAGGUUAGGUUGUUGAUCCAGGACAUGGCAACACAGAAACACACAAGCCAAUCAACCACACAGACAUGUACUGCCACCUGUGGAGACUUGAAAGAGAAACUUAGCACACUUAGUUUGAACAAUGUGAAGAAAGUGGAGUAACUGGAGAAAACCCACAUAUAUCAUCAGUUCAAUAUUUACCAAUAUUAUUUCCAUUGAAAGAUGUUCUAAUGUCAUGGAGUCACCCACAGGGAGAAAAUUUGAACUCAGAGUUCAGAUAAACACACAAACAUCUGCAGUUAGUUUGAAGUGACUAAUGAGUCAUGUUUCUGAACUGUGGGAGGAACCUGGCAUGUCUGGAAGAAAACACUCAUGCAUGAGGACAACAUGGAAAUUGCUGCAGGACAUGUUGAAGCAUCACAUUGUUCAACAGUUUUGCUAGUUAGGUUUAUCAAACAGUAAUAUCAGCAUGAUAAGCCUGGAUGCUAUGUGUUUAGCAGCAAGAACAGUUUUAUAUGAUAAAUAUUAGAUCUGUAAAGCUUGAGCAGCUAACGCUUAAGAGAAACAUGAUCCAGCAUUGUAACAUGACACUACCUGGAAAAACGGGUAGUUUUUCCAGGUACUAACUUUCAAGUUGUGGAAGUUUGUUCCACUACCUGGAACUACCUGGUAGAAAAACUACCUAGAAGGGAUUUUUUAAAUAGAAAAUACCUUCUAUUUUCUAUUAAAAAUAGAAGAUCUUUUUAGGAGUUUGCAAGUUAUGUUUGUGAUCUUGAAAAAGCAAAAUAGCAUUAACUCAAAACCUCAAAAAGAGCAUUUUCAGUGUAGCAUGCACUUGAUAUUUAUGCCACCUUUUCCACAGGCACUGUGUGUAUAUAAGUCAUUUUACCUGUACAUGAUGUUCUUGCAAUUCAUCUGGACAGUAGAAACUCUAUAAUUCAUGAAAGAAAAAAUGUGUGUAUAUAUAUAU